AACAUUGGCUUUCCAAAUAUUCACCUUCGUUUCAAAUACAUGAAUUCUCUUUAUAUCAAUCGAAACAAAACCAAAAUCGAUUAGAUGUAGAUAUAUUCGACCAUGAUGCAUUUUAGCAUAGCAAACAUCGUACACUACCUGUUUUCCCAAUGCCAAAAAUCCUAUACAAAACACAAACUAUUCUUGAUUUCUUCUCUUGUUCAUGGAUCCUCCGAUUCAAGAAACGAUCUCAAACUCCACAAAUAAUGCCAAUCCAAACAGAAGCAAGACGCUGCAAUACAGAAAAUGGUCGGAAACGGCGGUAUAUUCAGUCCUCGUCCUCUCCGGCCAAUCGGCGGCGGCGCUUCUCGGCAGAUUAUACUACGAAAAAGGCGGGAAAUCCAAAUACAUGGCGGCGCUGGUGCAGACCGCCGGAUUCCCGCUCCUUCUCCCUUUCAUCAUCCUCAUCAAAUCAAGAGACAAGCAAACGGAUUAUUCAAAUUCAACCACCUCCGAUCACUCUCUAGCUCUCCCCGCUCUAUACGCGUGUUUCGGCACGUUUCUCGCAUUCAUUUGCAUGCUGUAUUCCAUCGGCCUCAUGUAUCUCCCUCUCUCCACUUUCUCUCUCAUCUGCGCCACCCAGCUAGGGUUCAACGCGCUCUUCUCUCACCUCAUCAACGCUCAGAGGCUCAGCCCGCCACUGCUCAACUCCGUUUUCCUCCUCACUCUCUCCUCCGUCCUCCUCGCCCUGCGUCCCGGCGGCGCCCCCGCCGCCGCGGCGGGGGGCAGGUACGCGGCGGGGUUCGCGUGCACGCUGGGCGGCGCGGCGGGGUACGCGCUGCUGCAGUCUCUGGAGCAGCGGGCCUACGGGAAGCUGCUGAGGCGGCAGAGGAUGAAGGAAAUCUUGGAUGUGAUUUUCUACGAGUCGAUGGCGGCGAGCUUCGCGCUCGCGCUGGGGCUUUUCGGGAGCGGGGAGUGGCGGGGGCUGAAGGGGGAGAUCGAGGGGUUCGGGACGGCGGCGGCGUACGCGGCGGUGGUGGUGGGUGCGGCGGCGGCGUGGCAGGUGUUUGCGGUGGGGAUGGUGGCGCUGAUUCUUAAGGUGUCGAGUGUGUUUGGGAAUGUGGUUAGCGGCGUGGGCGAGGGUUUGGUGCCGGUUCUUGCGGUAGUGGUAUUCAAGGAUGGGAUGAGUGGUGUGAAGGUUGUGGCAUUCUUGUUGGCUGUGUGGGGUUCGGUUUCUUACGUUUAUCACCAAUUUGUUAUUGACAAGGAAAAUGGAAAUGUGGAUCCGCCCAUGGGGGAUUAGUGCGGCGGAGAUUGUG